AUGUUUGCUUCAUUGAACCGUGUCGCGCGCUCCGUAUCCAUAUUUCACAAUCCUGCUUCACUCUCGUCUCUAAAGACUCUAGAACUCCUUCAGGAAGCGGUAUCUGGACCUUAUCCUCCUGACACGGCCUCGAACCCUCCCCUUUACUUCAAUCUGGACGUUGUGGAAGGCCCUCCAAAUAGGGACCAACUGGAAACCAUCUCGUCAUACGUCAAGACGUCUGGGCAACAGCCUGCCUCGUCUAUAUUUCUCUCAGCUCAUCCUUCCUCGCCUUAUGAUGGUGAUCAGCCUCUUACUUUUGGUGGCGUUGCUCAGGCCGCUUCGCAUAAUCCAAAUGCGCUCAAGUGGCCCAUCGUAGUUGAUUGGUUUGGUGGAAAGGCCAGUGUAGGCGAUAUUGAGGGUGUUAAGAAGAUCCUAGAGGAUCUAAGGAAGGAGCGAGACGAAGUACGCCCGGUGGAGAAGGGAGAGACCUCUCGUAAGAGCUGGUUCAAGAUGUGGUAA